GCAUGUCAGCCGCAACUCUCAUCUCCAACCCCUUUUUAAUUUUUAAUUUUUAUUUUUUGAAUGUAAAAACCAAAAACUCCUUUAACUCGAGUUGGACUGUUUGACCCCUAGCCCAUUUCGCUCUUCAAUUGAGCAGCAGGGUUUAGUGUUCUCUGACCUCUCUCUCCUUCUAUCCUUUGCAGCGCCAAGUGGGAGCUCAAUCUAAUAGCUCUCGCAGUUACCAGAUUAUAACUUACAGUCUCUACUAUUUCCAGUUAUCCCUAAUUCCUCUUUAUCAGGUGUUCGUUUUUUUUCGGUGUCAAGAUGACUGUGUCUGGAGUAACUGGUAGUCCCUCAAGGUGUUGUCUACGGAUACCUGUGAAUGGUUUGGGCUUAUUUGGCAGGCCAAGGUCGGCUUUUCCUACUGCUGGAGCAGCUAAAGCUGAACUAAACCUUGGCCGUCUAGAUAGAUGUUAUUGGGUUGGUUCUGUAAAAAGAUGUAAUGUGAAGCAAAGUGCGAUGGGUGCUUCCUACGGUGAUGAUAUGACAAAUGAUCAGCCUGUUGUUUUUCCUAGAAUUCAUGUAAGGGACCCAUACAAACGGCUUGGCAUCAGCAGAGAGGCUUCUGAAGAUGAAAUUCAAGCUGCAAGGAACUUCCUCAUACAUAAAUAUGCUGGGCACAAACCUAGUGUGGAUGCAAUUGAAGCUGCUCAUGACAAAAUAAUCAUGCAGAAGUUUUAUGAUAGGAAGAACCCAAAAAUUGACAUUAAGAAAAAGGUUAGGGAAGUAAAGCAGUCCCGAUUUGUGCUGGCUGUGACAAGCAGGUUUCAAACUCCAUCGAUGCUUGUCAUCAUUAAAACAUCAAUUGCAUUUUUAGUACUUGGAAUUCUCACUGUCCUCUUCCCAACUGAAGAAGGUCCAACCCUUCAGGUAGCCAUUUCCUUAAUGGCUACAAUAUAUUUUAUAUAUGAUCGUUUGAAGAGUAAAAUCAGAGCUUUUCUUUACGGUGCUGGAGCUUUUAUUUUCUCAUGGCUGUUGGGAACAUUCUUGAUGGUAUCUGUGAUUCCACCACUCCCCUUCAUUAAAGGACUUAGGAGCUUCGAAGUUACGACCUCAUUGAUAACUUAUGUGCUCCUCUGGGUUUCAUCUACCUAUCUGAAGUAGUGCCAGUUUUCUCCAAGUAGCAGAUCCCAUUGCAAGACCUCAAUUUUGUUAUGCCUUGUGAGUGGUCAGUGGUUAAACAAUCUUGCGUUUUCACUAAUUUGAAUCAUCUUCCUAACUGUAGCAUUGAUACUCCAGAGCAUUUUAAAAAUCUUUCAAGUGUCCCAUUUAGGAAGAAAAGAUUUGUGGAAAUGACUGUUUUGCUGUUUAGAUAAAGCGUGUAAAACAAGAUCAAAGUAAAAGAUGAGUUUAUGCAUUUAUUUCA